AAAAUCUACACAACCUCAACGGUUGAGUUACACUCACUGCUUUCCUUUGGAUUAUUGCAUUUCUUUUUUCAAUGCUGAAGACGCCUGUGGAGGAUUGAAAGAAGAAUCAGCAACAAGGAUUAACAUCUCUUACAACCUUUUUUUUUUUUUUUAAUUGAAGGUGGUUUUAUUCACCAUCUCAUCUGUAUGAGAUUUUCUUCCACUGGAAUAAUGCCUUCAUUCUGGAGUAGAAACUCCUGGUUUGCAGUGGUGUUUGGUGCCGUGCUGGUUGUUCUUAUUGCGGGUAAUGCCGGGCCAAACCUGGACAGAAGGCAGGCUGGGUCGUCCUCGUGCUUUGGAGGCUUUGACCUCUACUUUGUUUUGGACAAAUCUGGGAGUGUGCAGAACCACUGGACCGAAAUCUACCACUUUGUUGAACAUCUAGCUCAUAAAUUCAUAAGCCCACAGUUGCGGAUGUCCUUCAUUGUGUUCUCCACUGAGGGAAGGAUCUUAAUGAGCUUGACAGAAGACAGAGAGCGCAUUCGUAAAGGUCUGGAGGAGCUCCAGAGGGUUCUUCCAGGGGGAGACACCUUCAUGCAUGAAGGCAUCCUGAGGGCCAGUGAGCAGAUAUACUAUGGAAACACUGAAGGUUAUCGCACUGCCAGUGUUAUCAUAGCUCUGACAGAUGGAGAGCUGCAUGAGGAUCUUUUCUACUAUGCAGAAAGAGAGGCCAACCGUUCCCGAAGUCUGGGUGCCUCAGUUUACUGUGUGGGGGUGAAGGACUUCAAUGAGACACAGCUGGCUAAGAUUGCUGAUAGUAAGGAUCAUGUCUUCCCUGUAAAUGAUGGAUUUGAGGCUUUGCAAGGGGUCAUCGACUCGAUCCUGAAGAAGUCAUGUAUCGAGAUCCUGGCAGCAGAGCCGUCUAGUAUCUGUGCAGGAGAGUCUUUCCAGGUGGUGGUGAGAGGAAAUGGAUUCCUCCAUGCCCGUAAUGUUGACAAAGUCCUGUGCAGCUUCCGGAUCAACGACACCCUCACUAGAAUGGUGAAGCCUUUGAUUGUGGAGGAUACCUAUCUUCUCUGCCCUGCACCAGUGCUUCAAGAUGAGGGGAUGGCAGCAAACCUUUAUGUCAGUAUGAACGAAGGUCUCAGUUUCAUCUCCAGUUCGGUCACAAUUACCACUGUGGGCUGUUCUGAUGGGACCAUCCUGGCCAUAGCUCUGCUCAUCCUCAUGCUGCUCCUGGUCUUGGCUCUUCUAUGGUGGUUCUGGCCUCUCUGCUGCACUGUGAUCAUCCAUGAACCCCCACCGCCGGUUGUGGAGGAGAGUUCGGAUGAUGAGGACUUUGAAGCCCCUAAGAAGAAAUGGCCGACUGUAGAUGCCUCCUACUACGGAGGAAGAGGUGUUGGGGGAAUCAAAAGGAUGGAGGUACGCUGGGGUGAGAAAGGCUCCACAGAAGAAGGGGCAAAACUGGAAAAGGCCAAAAAUGCCAAAGUGAAGAUGCCUGAGCAGGAGUAUGUUCUGCCCCCCAUGCGGGUUCUCAACAAUGGCAUGCACAAACCCCCAGGGCCACGCAAGUGGUACUCACCGAUCAAGAGCAAACUGGACGCACUGUGGGUACUUUUAAGGAAAGGCUACGACCGUGUGUCUGUAAUGAGACCUCAUCCAGGUGACAAGGGCAAAUGCAUGAACUUCACUCGCAUAAAGUCUCCCCCUGCUCCUUACCCACACUACAGCCACCAGCCAUCUCCCAUCUACAACCCCCCUAGCCAGAGUCCACCUCCGCCGCAGGGCACCCUCCCACCGACUCCCAACAGCCCUCCAUCAUCUCCGUCUUUCUCCUCCUCCACUCUUCCACCACUGCCUCCAACACCUCCUCCCACCUCCGACACUCCCUCUCCUCCCAUCACUCCUCCACCUUACACACCACCUCCAAACCGGGCUCUUCCUCCAACCGCCCUGCACAUACCUGCCUCGCCAGCGCUCCCACCCACCCCUCCACCCUCUGCCUCCCCAACUGGCCCCCUGCCUCCUCCUCCACAGGGACCUCCUCCCGGACGAGCCCCUCCACCUGCACGCCCACCGCCUCGCCCUGGCCUGUAAAAACUCUGGCAGGAGGCGGGAGAGAGUCCCACAAGUUUGAAAGAGGGAGUCCCACCAGCGAUCAGCACAUGACCAUCCUUGAUUGUACCUGCGAGCGAGGACAUAUGAGCACCUCGUGCCACGCUCAGCAGGCUGUGGCCUUUCUGCCUUGUGAGGGGGAGCAGCCAGGACUCGUCUUCAGCUAUUUGUCUACAGUGACUUUUGUACACAUCUAGCCCAAGUGCAAUUGCUCUGAUGCUUGAAUUACACAGACAUUCCCUAUAAAUGAGGUCUUGCAGGCCGGCUCAAAAACAUUUGCCUCCAUGGUCCUCUGAGCUGCUUCAGGCCCUGCUCUCCCCUCCACGAGGACACAAGAUUGGAUGAACCCUUACCAGCUUGUACUAAUGCCUCUGUACAAAGGCCCUCAACAAGGAGCACAGUCGUGUUCAAAAUGAUCAUGACACUAAAAUAUGUGCCUAUGUAACAUUCCUAUCUUUCCUGAUAAGAGAUAAAAGAUGUUUUAUAGGAAUAUGAAAAUCCCUGUUUUUGAAUUCUUGAAUGUUGAGCAAUUGCAUGCAAUAGUGUUUGAGUCAGUUUUGUUCUUUUGAUAACAUUUCUACCUUGUUUUAUACAACAUAAACACAUUUUUUUAUUUGUACUAUAUUUGUUGAAUAGAUCACAUUUCCUGAGUUUGGAUUUUUGAGGUUAGAAAAAAAACCAUUGCUGAUAAACACAUGUACAGUAAUCAUAUUGAAACAGCAAUGCAACAUAUCUGAACGUGUUGCAACUUUUGACUUCCAUGCCGUAUUAAACCAGCCUAAUGUCACUCACAGCUAGCCUAUUUUUUGUGCACAUCAGAGUAAACAAUAAACUGGGAAUUAGAGACUAAACUAGACUUAUUACUAUAACCAAGAUGACUGUAAUCUCUGCUAUAGCUAUAGCAUAUGCUCUGUCUAUCAAGAUGUGGACAAAAAUACGUCAGAAUCAGGGAUUAGCUUUGCACAUUGUCUUGCUCAUCCAGCCACGGACUUUUGCAAUAGCUGGGUUUUAUGUAAAUACUCAUUUUGAUAUAACCAUGUGUGUUUAGAUAUCUGUGUGUGUAUGCGUGUGUGUCAGAAAUUAAGAGAGACUAAUGUACUAGAUGUAUUUGUGACAGCCAGUCCCGCAGUUGCCAGUUUCAUCAACUUUAACAAAAUUAUGUUUUUUUUUUGUUUUUUCUUUUUUUGUAUGCACAAGGUGCUUUCAGUUCCUCAAAGCUUGGAUCAUGAUAAAAGCAUGCCGUUUCAUGGCUCAUAUUAAGUUCACUGUAGAUCAAAUCAAAUUAGAGGUUAAUAUGAAGCUGUUCUUUGAUGGUGAUCAGAGGAGUCUAAGCAGAAUUCAAAGCAGAUUGCAAGGCCAUCUUUAGCAAUUAGAAAAACAGAUUGUAACUUUCUAUCAACACAGUAUGUAGACACCUAUGUCUAUUCCAUUGACAAUGAAAGUAAACAAUUUAAGUGUAUAAAAUUGGUCUCCGUUUUUGUUCAAACCUAUAAAGACUUUAUGGGUUUACUCCCAUAUUUCCUUUGGUCACUUUUUAUGCACAGUACUCCUCCUUCUCCCCAACUCUACAGAAUGUCUCCCACAUGCCACUUAUUGUAGUAUGUUGUAUGUUGAGAUAUCAAGACAUUCUGUAACUCCAAGAUUGAAUGUACGUUUUAUUCUAUCCUCUUUGACUUAACAGUAAGUUGGACAACUGAUAUUGCCACAGGGAUCAUUGAGGUCACACAGUGGAGAGCGACUGAAUACAAAAAGCACAGUGCACCUCACUCACUCCCUGUGAUAGGGGGAAAAAAAGAGAAAAGAAUAUGCAGCACAUUGCUAACUGAUUCCAGAUGUUCAUAUGUAGCAUUAUGUCACAUGCACGAAUGGAGUGAGCUAUCUUGGAAAAUAUUAGACACCAUCUAAUCCUCAGGAAAUGUGGACAGGCUGCAGGAAAGGCGUGCUGGUGCUAAUCGUUCGCGACAUAAUUUGGGGACAGGACGGAGUGAAAUAACAAGCUAUAGCUUCUGAGUGAGUGUCUCAAGGAAAGUGACUUUGAUUAAGAUUUGAAGUUUUCUCCUGUCACUUGUAGUUGACCAGAUGCAAAGACAUUUAAUAUUUUGGCUGUUUACAGGGAAUUUCCCCUUUCAGGUUUCUUGAGUAGGUUGCCAGGUUUUGGUUCCACUUUGUCUAAACCACAGCACAGAUGUCUGACAUGUGCAUAUAUAAACAUUACAUCAUAGACUAUAACUAUUACACAGACAUCUCCCAUAUUAUAUAUAUAUUAAAAAAAAAAAAUCAACAACAAUAGGCAUUAUGAAACUUACAGAUAAGAGAUAAUUUGUGACUGACAGUUCAUUGGAUUUAUUCUUGAGUCUGUGUCAGCACCAUAAGUGAUGCCAGGUUCAUCAUGAACCAACAUUCACUGGUGUCUGGCCUACAUAGAUUACAUAAUUGAAAAUCAUCUAAUUGUACUCUGAUGUCAUAUAGAAAUCUGUGUGCUUAUCAAUGUCUUAAAUGAUUCAUCAGCUGCUGGUGAGACUUACUAAUUAAACAAGCUUUAAAAAACACUGGAUUUUGCUCCUAAAAAGAAUCACAUUUGUCAAGAAGCUUUACUUUAAAAUAUAAUAAAUACUGAAUGCUGUUCCUUAUAAGUCUUUAGAUCAGUGUUCUGUUAAUUGCAAUUUUUUUUUGAAGUAGGAUGUCACAAUUUUUACUUUGGUCAUUUCUGUCUUUUCAUACAUUGUCCAUAUACAAAUGUCUUUUUGAUUAGUUGUCUCCAAGUGGCAACAACCUCCAGGGCUGAGAAAUGAAGCCAACAUGGGAGUGAAGUUCCUUGAAUGGCCACUUGAGGCUGGCUCGAAAAGUCAACCCUCAUGGACUCCCAUGUUAAAAAGCCCAGCGGCAGAAAUAAACAUGUUUACAGCUACAGUUUACAAAACAGUUUUGAUUUCUAUAGCUGAUUUCCAAUUUAUACUCACCUGUGACAGGCGGGUGCCAAUAACAGUUGUCUGGCAGCUAACUGUCUGGCAGGUGGGGGGGGGGGCUUUUACAUAUUUGUGCCCAGGGGUCCA